AUGGAAGGGGAACUUGCCUUCGUGAAGAGUGAACAUGUGCUGGACAAUAUAACAGGUAAAGAGUUGGAUGCUUUCAAAUUGCAGGAGCACUCUGGUGACAAAGUUUAUGUCCCACCAAAUUCUAAUGGUAAUUUUGAUCUUAAGGUGGGCCAACAGUACACAAAUAUCGGAAGAGACACAUCCGAGUCACAAAAAACUGAAGGGGGGAAGACGGUUCUCCUCCACAGCCCGACCUCACUGACACCCACCAAAAAACUUUCGUCUGUUGGCGACAUUGCCGUUAGCGCGGCGAGUGUGCUCGAUGUUGACGGGAAGGAUCUGUUUUUGAGCCCAAAAGAGGCAAAAAACGUUAUUGAUGACGCUGAAGGAAGUGUCAUUUUCUCACAAAAGGGGCGCGAUACCCCCUCCAUUUGUGGUGCCGCUGAAGGUGUUCGAUUGCAAGACGGUGCCAGGGACAUGUUGUUCUUUUCUCCACUUCUUCAGCCGCUGGAAGCCGGUGGGAAGAAUUUUCAAGAUCCCGUUCAUGAGUAUGUUCACCUUCCCAACGUCGCAAUUCGCAUUAUAGAUACAGUUGAGUUUCAACGCCUCCGCACGGUGAAGCAGCUUGGUACCGUAUGCUUCCUCUAUCCUGCCGCUACGCACACGCGAUUCGAGCAUUCCAUAGGGGUUGCGCAUCUCGCAUCAGAGAUGCUUAAACACAUUGCAUCAUGUCAACCUGAGCUUGGAAUAACCAGGGCAGAUGUUUUAAGUGUUAUUAUUGCUGGUCUCUGCCACGACCUCGGACACGGACCCUUUAGCCACUCCUUUGAAGUUGCUGUUAAUCGCAUUCGCUCGAAAACUGGUGCUCGAAAACUGUGGCGUCAUGAGCAUAUGUCCGUUUUACUGUUGCGCCGCAUUUUAAAGAAGAUAGAGAUUAGAAAAUACGGUUUGAAUGAAGACGAUGUGAGAUUUAUUGAGCUAUGUAUUACUGGUCUUCACCCUUCGAAGCGCUGGCCGGAGAACAUUGGCAGACCGGAGAAAAAAAGAUUCCUGCUGGAGAUUGUCUCAAAUAAACGCAACGGCAUGGAUGUGGACAAACUUGAUUACUUUCACCGUGACUCGAUUGCUUGCUAUGGUCGGGCAGCCGUUGAUGUGCAAAUUCGUCGACUGCUGAAGUCGUGCAAGGUACUUUGUUGUGAGGAGCAGCACCAAAUAUGUUUUGAGGAAAAGAUGGCCCUUAGUCUCGGGGAUAUAUUUAGUGUACGGGCAAAAUUGCACAAACACGCGUACCAGCACCGCGUAACCCUGGCCAUUGAGCAAAUGAUGAUCGAUGCACUGUACGAGGCUGAGCCUUUCUUCCUCGUACCUGGAAAAAAUGGCAGAAAGCUACGCUUGUCUGAGUGUGUGGAUGAUGAAGAAGCAUUUUGCAAACUUGGUGACUGGAUUUUGGAGGGCAUUACUGCCUCCGACGAUCCUCGACUAGCGAAGUCUCAGUCACUUAUCCGGAGGAUAAUGGAACGUGAUUUGUACUCGGUUGUGGGAAUCAAAACGUUCAUCUCAUACAAUGUUGAGCUAGGUGAAGAUGACAUCAGAAGUUAUAUGAUUCAACAUUGUAAGAUGCUGGGUAGGUACAGCGAAAAGCUCGAUUCCAACCUAUUGGUUAACUUCAUCAACAUUACUUAUGACAAAACAGACAAGUCAGGUAUCCCCAAUGACCCUAUUGCUCAUAUGGCGUUUUACAGCCCGAAGAAUGUAGGCGCUGGUGCCUUCCGGCUUCCAAAGGAGCGCAAAAGUCAUAUUUUCUCCCCAAUAUCAUACGGUGAGAAGUCAGUUAUUGUUUUCGUAAAAGAAAAGGUUUUUGUCGACGUUAUUCGUGACGCCUUCGGCGUAUGGGUCAGUGCGCACGCAAAUCUACUGGUCGUUGCUGUUCCAGCGCACAAUGGGAGGACAGAAGAGAGCCCUACAGGUUCUGCACAAUCCUCGCGCUCUCAGUGUCUUAGUGGUCGAGCAGACAACCAAGACAGCAGCAGUAAUAACAAUGACACCGUUACCAUAUUGACUGCCCCCAGAGCGUAUGUUGAGGGGUUUACGGGAUUUUCAAGUUCCCAAACGAAUGGAAUCCCUUCGUACUGUCAGAGCGAGUCAGAGUCUACUCAAGCCAGUCAGUGCAGCGCAAGCGGUUUAAAAUUGUCAGAAGGAAAUUUAGCGGGAAAUAAACGCAGCCGCUAA